AUGGCUAUGGGCGCAGUCCUGGAGCAGCUGCAGAUUGACAGGGUCGGGGCGCCGCGGCUGCGGGCGCGGUUGCGGCUGGGCGCUGGCGGCGGCGACAGGCCGGUCGCGACAGGCCGGUGCUACGGCAGGCUGCUGCAGGCGGGCAGGAAACAGCGGCGGUUGCGGUUAGGUACAAGCAGGCUCGUGCUGCGGACGACAGCUGGGACUGCAGGCUCGGCUGGGUGCAGCUGGCGGCGGGGCGGCUGUGCCCGGGAAGCACGGCGGGGCCGGGAAGCACGGCGGGGCCGGGAAGCACGGCGGGGCCGGCUGUGCCCGGGAAGCACGGCGGGGCCGGGAAGCACGGCGGGGCCGGGAAGCACGGCGGGGCCGGGAAGCACGGCGGGGCCGGCUGUGCCCGGGAAGCACGGCGGGGCCGGGAAGCACGGCGGGGCCGGCUGGCUGCUCCGUCGGGGAGGCAGCGGAGCACGAGGUCGUCGCGGUGGUGAUGGGUACGGGCAGGGAAGCAGGACCACAGGGAAGAAAAGGCGGAGCGGGGAGAGAAGGGCCAAGAUGACCCUCCAAUUUCCCAUACCUCGUACCCACACCGUCUUUUGGGUCGGGGCCGGUGGUGUCAGCCGCCGUCCGCCCGUGCCCCCGCGCAGUGCAGGCGCCCCGCUUCCCCCCACCGCUGCCCGGGCCGGGCCGGGCCGGGCCCUCCGGCGGCGCCCCACGGGCGGGGCGGGACCAGCGCGGGGCCGCAGCGCUCCCUGGGCGGGGCGGCUCGAGCACCUCCGUGGGAGCGGCCCGGGGGAGGCGCUGGCCGCAGCAGGUGCCUCCCGCCCGGGAGCCCUAGCUGCGGGCUGCCGGCUUCCUGCUCCGCGCGGGGGCGGCAGGGGUGGCGGCGGCGGCUCCACCACCUGUGGCGGCGAGAUGGCAAAGCUCGACAUCAGCGUGGAGGCAGUGAUGGGCUUCCUGAGGGAGCGCGGCGGGCGGGUGCGCAACACCGAGCUGGUGAGCGCCUUCCGGCCGCUGCUGGAGGCCGGCGGGGCCGAUGCCGGUGCCGGUGCCGGUGCCGGGGAGGCGGAGGGGCGGGCGGCGCGGCGGGAGCGGUUCAAGGCGGCGGUGAAUGCCGUGGCCACGGUGAAAGAGAUCGACGGCGUCAAGUUCGUGGUGCUGAAGAAGCAGCUGCGCGCUGCCCCGCCGACGGGGGGCGAUGCCGGCACCCCUGUCCCGAUUCCCGUUCCCGACCCGGUUCCCGUCCCCGAGCCCGCCGGGACGCCCCCCGAGGAGCCGCCAGGGCCGCGGGCCGUGGCCGAGCUGCGAGGCCUGUUCCAGGGCGGUGGCGGCGGGGUGCCCCUGCCCGGCGGCGCGGGGGGGGGCCGCCGGGAGCCGCCGCCCAAGCCCUGCAUGCUUCCCGUGCGCUGCGUGGUGCCCUCCGCCACUCCGGGGCCGUCCCAGGAGGCGGCCACCCCGCUGUCUCCCCCGCCGCUGGACGAGGAGGCCGGGUCCCGCUCUCCCGGGCUGCGGAGGGGACCCAAGAACCACCGGGCCAGCGAGGAGACGGUGGUGCCCCUGGAGCAUGCGGAGCACCAGUGGCUGGUGCUGGCGGCCGACGGGCAGUGGACGCAGCAGCUCCACGGGCUGCUGCUGGGCGACGCCAGCCUGGCGGCUCGCAGGGAUUUCAUCUCCGGCUUCACCGCCCUGCACUGGGCCGCCAAGAGCGGCAACUGCGACAUGGUGACCAAUAUCAUACGAACGGCCGAGAAGGGCGGGUCCCGCGUCAAUGUGGAUGCCAGGUCGCAUGGUGGCUACACGGCACUGCACCUGGCUGCUAUACACGGCCAGGAGAAGGUCAUCACCAUGCUCGUCUACAGCUACCAUGCCAAGAUUGACCUGAGGGACUACAGUGGGAAGAAGCCGCACCAGUACUUAAAGGAAGGGACGUCCCUUACAAUCAGGCGCUUGCUGGGGGACCCCAGCCUUUCCCAAAAUAUGGAGCACUCCGUGCCCAUCAAGAAGUCCACAAAGCUUGCAGCUUCAAUCUUGAGCUCCACUAGCACUUUCCUGGGAGUCAUAUCCGAUGACAUGGCUUUCUACGAUCUCACCAAAGGUUUAAGGAGGCCGUCAACUUUAAACAAGCUUCUGACUGCCACUACGGGCCCGAGGAGGAAGCCAAGGAUCAGAGGGGGCUUCCCUUCGUAUUCCUCACUCUCUGAGGUAGCGGAGGAGGAGGAAGAAGUUGUGGUGAAACGCAGACCUGUUUCUGAGUUGUUCUUUGGCCACUAGCCUGUGCCUUACUGUGAUCGAAAUGGUUUAAUAGUGCAGCUAGUGUCUCAGCUUUCUCUUGCAGAAGUAGUUUGGAUUUUUUUUCUCUCCAUGUCUGUCUUUUUGGAUGUUCAACUGAAUCAGUGAUAGGGUCUACAUCCAAAGCCCACAGCAUGAAACCCAGCCCCAGGUACUUGUGGAAAGGGAGCUGCCAGGAAGUGCUCCCUGCUGUGUGUAAUUAUCCUGCUGAUCUGUUGGUGAGGACCACAAACUUUGUGCUUAAUGGUUGAUAAACUAAACAGCUUAUGUGUGUGUGGACAGGUCAAAGUGGCUGAGGGACAGCCUUUUUGAUCUGUGUUCUUCAGCUGGAGAGGAGAAGCAAGGUGAAGAAUUGCAUAUUUUACACUGUGAACAGCAAGCUGAUAGCUGGCUACUUUAACAAGGCUUGUUAUCUAACAGGAUUAAAUUAUCAGAGGAAAGAUGCAUAGUUUUCUAUGUUGUUUCUGAUUAUUUUGGUAACAAGAAGGAUAUUUCUAUUUAGAAAAAUUGUCUACUUUUUCAAAACAAAAUGUCUCACUUUGAGACUUUCUCACUCAGUAUUUCACAUCAGAAAUACUAACAUAACAAUCUUAAUUAUUGACUGAUGCAUUUUAUUAGAUGAAUUACUUAAAAAUAUAGACCCUGACCUUCACUGUGACUUGUCUACCUCAGUUUGAAAUCUUGGCUAGUGGUUUAAAUGUUUCUCUCUUCCUGAAAGACUUUUUCACCAGGUGGUGUCUUGAUAAUACUGUGAACAUUUAAACUUGCUGUAGUUCAAUCAACUUGAACUGAAUAAAAAACCUUGUUGAUGGUUAAAAACUGAACUGCAAAACUGGGAAUUGUAUCUGUCGGAGUUUCUAAGUAGCCAACUGGAAACAAAGUUAGGCUUGUAUGUCUGAUUCUUUUUGUUUAAAACUUGGCCCAUUUUGACCUAUUUGCAAUGAAUAUUUAUAAACAUUGGGCUUUAUGUAAUAUUAGGUGUUGCAUGAGAGAAACUUGGCAUGACCUCUUGAUGCAGUGUUUAUGUCAACAGCAUGAAUUAUUGACCUAAAACAAACUCCUCUUCUUCUGCUUUUAUAUGCUAAACAUAAUCGUUCUAAAUAUAGAACUACACAUAGUUCAAAAAGCAUGCUAACUGCAUGUUAGGUUUGCAGUAAGGUUAUUAUUUUUUUUAAUUACUGCUUGGUUAAAGUUGAUCCCAAGAGGCAGAGCUAUGAACAGAAACUGACUUCUGGGACAAGUCUGCUAAACCAGCAUGUUUUAGAGAAAACCAUGACUAGAAAUCUGUAUCAUUGAGAGGUGAGAGCAAUGCUGCACUGACGUUGUUUGGGUUUCUGCAUUGAAAUACUAAUUUGCGUGCUUUGCCUUUCCUUUCAAGUUGGUGACUCCAGGAAUGUUUUGGUUUUUUCUGUCUUGCAUUAAACCUAGUACUUGUGAUUGGUUCUAAUUGGCUUGUCCCAAACACCCACAAGAAAUGCUGUAGGACUGAAGAUGGAGGCACUGCCCCCUUUACUUCACAACACUCUCCCUGAAGUUCCUGGAGUUGGUGACAUUCGCUGGGAGUAUGAUCAGAGGUUGCAGCCAGGUCUGAUGCACCUGUUCUAGGAAGAGACUGGACUAUUCUGCACUGGUUUGCUUCUGGAUUGAACUAAUUAAGUUGUUACGCAAAGGUUAAUGAUCAAGCACCUCGUGACUUCUAUAUCUGGAGUAGGGUUUUAAAAAAAUAAAAUCCAAUUUGCUUUCUA